CGUUAUCCUCGAAAAUAGACAGGAGGCAGCCACAUGUUAAACUCAGAGGAUGAAUACGAUGAGUUCUAUACACCGCUGGAGUUUGAAGACAUUCUCCUGGCCGAACAGAUGGUCCCUGACAGUGCUGAGACUUUUUCCGAACAAGAAUCUCAGCAGACGAUCGCAACAACGCCAAGUAGCGACGAGUACGCAGAAUACGACCUUUCUGAAUUCACGGCAGAGGACUUCGCCCACAUCGACUCCAUGCUCGCUGCUGCAUACUCCACGUCGGAGUCGGUCGAGAGUCGUAUUUACUACGACGCGCCUAGAUCCGGAGGAGGAGGUCCUCAAAUUGCGAUAACGCUGGAGCAGAAUGCUAAUUAUUCUGCUCUUGUCAAGGCACCUGAAGAGCCGCAAGAGGGGGGCGCCCAGGCAACUCUCAGCCCCUUGCAGCGAUUCCGCAGGGGCAAAUGGCUUUCCGUCACCGAUCUAGUAGGCCCAGCCUGGUGCGAGGUGCAAUUUGACUACGGCCUCAGGCAGAAGCGGUCUCUGAAGCCUGAGAAGAGGCCCGAGUCGUUCACUACUGCCAAGGGCAACACGAUCACAGUAGACAAGGAUGUUGCGGCCGACAACUACAAAACGACAAGUCGUGGAAGGUCGGUGCAUAAAGUGCUUGAGCGGGAAAUACGUCCUGAAGAGGUUCAUGUUGAGGUGACAACGAUGGAAGAGCGAUGGGCUUUGCGAUUGGUUAAUAUGAUCACAUCGUUGGAUUCACUCGUGGAACUGGGCUGCUGCCGCGAGAUGCCAGUGUUCGGUCUGGUCCACGGAGAAGUAAUCACAGGUAUCAUCGACGAGCUAAACCGUGAAGUGGCGCUCCCGCCACCACUACCACUACAGCCGCAGGUAGAUGCCUCGUCAGAUACUCGGUACCCGCACAAACGGGGGUCGCCAUCAACGCCGACAAAGAAAAAGAAAAAGAGGAGCAGAAACACGAUACCCCGCACAAGAUAUACCCUCCAUCUCUCGGACACCAAAACACGCCGUAGUCCGACCUUGCCAUCCGAUGACGACACCCGAUCCUCGCGCCUCCAGCUUAUGCUCUAUCACCGCAUGCUGAGCGUUCUCCUGCUACCAUCAUCAGAGGCGCAGACCAAUCCUGUCCCCGGGACGACAAACCUGCAACCAUUUGAUUUUGAUGCUCUCUGGCAACGUCUCGGCGUCAACCCUUCGCUUCCCUUUUCCCUAAGCUUCAUGCAGGAGAUAGGAUUGCUCGAUAGCGCCAGCGCCGUCUCUAGCGUUAUGACUCCUGCAUCCUCAAGUCGUGAAGACAAAGGCGCAUCCGGUUGGUGCUUGGACGAUUUGACAGCAGCAUGGCGCCAUGGCGUAGAGGCCAUCAACGUGGAUGGCGUCAACACGACGUUGACACUGGUCUACCGGUUACAACCUGGCGUGAAAAUGAGUCGGAGCCGAAAGAAGCGUUCUUCAAGUAAGAUUCAGCGCGUACGCUCGAGGUCUACACCUAUCACUGAGCAGGAAGCAGCUGACAUCGGAGCGAGGAUGAAUGAGCCUCUAGAACCAUACUUUGGCAUGGGUGAUUCGCUUCCUUCGACGGUAGCAGUGAGCCUCGAGGAGUACCGAAAACGUCAAAAGACGUCUGCUCCAAAGGGCACGGAGUCUGCAGACGCCACGCGCGACGUAGUCUCUGAAUCCAACUCUGAGGAACUUUCGGAGGCUGCUCCGGAUGAACCGGAGGCACAUGAGGACCUCUUCGCCCCGCUCACGGACUCUGGCAUCGUGGCCGAUGCUGAAGAGGUCGGGACGAUCCCGACUCCUUCAGAGGACGAUGACGAGGAGCCGAGCAUGACCAUGGCCGAGUUGGAGAAAGAGGCACGCAUUCUUGGCCACAAGCAGUUCGCGGUCGACGACAAGAUGCUUGAUGAGUAUUUGGAUAGUAUCCUGCAGUAUUGGCAUGGCGAGCGGCCACCGGUUGGCGUGGAGAUUGAGCACACGUGGCGUUGUCGAACAUGCGAGUAUCGGGACGGGUGCGAGUGGCUUGAACAGAAGGCUAGAGAACGUCGGAGGUUAGAUCCUGCGGUCGCAGCGACAACAAACGCGUUUCCUGGCAGGAGAUCUGAAACGUUGUAUUAUAGGCCACUCUGAAUAUUUUUUGGGUUUCUGUU